GAAAAAACUUCCACUUGCACACUGCUCGUAAUUAACAGAAAUGUGUUUAUAUGAGCUUCAUAGUGUUGUCUUUGGUUGUGAUCAGUAGUUUUUGUUAUACCAAACCCAUCCAUUGAAUAUCUUGAUGCUCAGCAGUUAUUGGCACUUUUUCUUAAACAUGAAAUUAUUGAUUUGCAAAAAUCAAUGUGAUGUUUCUUUUCCAGGGCCAGAGCACAUACUCCAGGCAGAUCAAGCAAGUAGAAGAUGAUAUUCAACAACUGCUUAAGAAAAUCAAUGAGCUCACUGGAAUUAAGGAAUCCGACACUGGCCUGGCUCCUCCUGCUCUUUGGGAUCUGGCUGCAGAUAAGCAAACUCUCCAAAGUGAGCAGCCUUUACAGGUUGCCAGAUGUACGAAGAUAAUCAAUGCAGACUCUGAGGAUCCCAAGUACAUUAUCAACGUCAAGCAGUUUGCCAAAUUUGUGGUGGAUCUCAGUGACCAGGUGGCACCUACUGACAUAGAAGAAGGCAUGAGAGUUGGAGUGGACAGAAACAAGUAUCAAAUCCACAUCCCCUUGCCUCCAAAGAUUGAUCCCACAGUCACCAUGAUGCAAGUGGAAGAAAAACCAGAUGUCACUUACAGUGAUGUUGGUGGUUGUAAAGAGCAGAUUGAAAAGCUCAGAGAGGUGGUUGAAACCCCUCUUCUUCAUCCUGAAAGAUUUGUUAACCUGGGAAUUGAGCCUCCCAAAGGAGUGCUUUUGUUUGGGCCUCCUGGUACAGGCAAAACACUUUGUGCCCGUGCUGUUGCUAACAGGACUGAUGCCUGCUUCAUCAGAGUCAUUGGAUCUGAGCUGGUGCAGAAGUAUGUGGGAGAGGGAGCUCGAAUGGUUCGCGAACUCUUUGAAAUGGCCAGAACUAAAAAAGCUUGUCUUAUAUUCUUUGAUGAAAUUGAUGCCAUUGGAGGUGCUCGCUUUGAUGAUGGUGCUGGGGGUGACAAUGAAGUGCAGCGCACGAUGCUGGAGCUGAUCAACCAGUUGGAUGGUUUUGACCCACGAGGCAAUAUCAAAGUGUUGAUGGCUACAAACAGGCCUGAUACUCUGGAUCCAGCUCUGAUGAGGCCUGGGAGGUUGGAUAGGAAGAUAGAGUUUAGCUUGCCUGAUCUUGAGGGGCGGACUCACAUAUUCAAGAUACACGCUCGCUCCAUGAGUGUGGAAAGGGACAUAAGAUUUGAGCUGUUGGCUCGACUGUGUCCUAAUAGCACAGGAGCUGAGAUUCGCAGUGUCUGCACAGAAGCAGGCAUGUUUGCAAUCCGAGCACGCCGAAAAAUUGCAACUGAGAAAGACUUCUUAGAAGCAGUGAACAAAGUCAUUAAAUCCUAUGCAAAAUUCAGUGCUACUCCCCGCUACAUGACCUACAACUGAUAUCUUGGAGUGCUUUUCCUGUUUCUGCAGUUAAAUUUCUGUGAAACCAAAAUCUGUACGUAUGUGGUAACUCCUGGCUUGUUCUUGGAAGCUAGAAAUAAAUGAAGUGUUCCGAACAACA